AUGGCGCCCCAAGGGUUCCAGAAGGGCCAGACCGACACCAUCGCAUCGCGCGCACGUUGGUGGCGUUAUUUGCAGCGCGCCGGAGGGAAGCUCGAGGACACGGACGCGUUCAUUAAUGCGACCUUGCACGUCAUUGCGUCGGGACGGUACAAGGCUGCCAUCGAUGAGGGCAAGGUCGAGAAGGCCCCGACUAGAUCGUCGCCCGACUUCGAGGGCAACCCCACCGACGAGGAGCAGAUCAUCAAAUACCUCGCCGGCUGUGGCAUAUGGACCCAAGGGAGACACUAUGAGGCUGCCAUUGAGCUCGCGGAGUUGCGUGGAGUCAAGGGUGCACCGACACCGGACCCUUUCGCCGACUAA